GCAGUGCUGCCUGGGGGCCGACAUCACCAUCAGAGGAGCUUCGGGGGAAAGAGAGGGUGUCUGCAGGGGCUUCUCAGCAUAGGACUCCAGGGGUGGACCAGGUCUGCAAGGGCCACUCCAGAUCUGACGUUUGAUGAUAUAAGCUCCAUGGCUGCCUGCCUCCUCCUCCUGGGCACUCUCCUCCUGCUGCUGCCCCUACCCGCCCCGGCCCCCUGCUACACGGCCACACGCUCUGAGUGCCGGCGCAUCCAGCAGUCCGUGCCCGGCGCAGGGUUGGCCGGGGAGGGCAUGGAUGUGACCAGCCUCCGCCGCUCGGGCUCCUUCCCGGUGAACACCCAGAGCUUCCGGCGGCCUGACGGCUCCUGCACCCUCUGUGAAAACACCCUUCAGGAGGGCGCCCUCCAGCGCCUGCCCCUGGCACUCACCGACUGGCGCGCCCAGGGCUCCAGCUGCCAGCGCCACGUGGCCAAGGCCAAGGUCAGUUCCACUGAGGGCAUGGCCCAAGCCGCGGCCAACAGCAUCAGCAACGACUGGAGUAUCGGGCUGGACGUGACCCCCAAGCCGGGCAGCAAUGUACAGGUGUCCGUGGCUGGCUCACACUCCCAGGCGGCCGACUUUGCGGCCCAGAAGACGCACCAGGACCAGUACAGCUUCAGCUCCGACUCGGUGGAAUGUCACUUUUACAGUUUUCGCCUGGUGCACAGUCCCCCGCUGCACCCUGAUUUCAGGAAAGCCCUCAGGGCCCUGCCCCCCCACUUCAACACCUCCACCAAGCCUGACUACCUCAGGCUCAUCUCCAACUUCGGCACCCACUUCAUCCGGGCUGUGAAGCUGGGGGGCCGGGCGUGGACCAUCACCGCCCUGCGCACCUGCCAGCUGGCCCUGGAAGGGCUCACGGCCGACGAAGUGGGCGACUGCCUGGCCGUUGAGGCCGCGGUCAACAUAGGUGGUCACGCCAGCUCCUCUGCAAAAUUCAAGGAAUGUGAGGAAAAGAAGCAGAAGCACAAGAUGGCGGCCUCCUUCCACCAGGCCUACCGGGAACGCCAUUCUGAAGUGGUGGGCGGCCACCACACCGCCAUGCACGACCUGCUGUUUGGGGGCCAGGCCGGGCCCCAGCAGUUCUUGGCCUGGAUGACCUCGCUGCAGGACAGCCCCGGCCUGGUGGGCUACAGCCUGGAGCCCCUGCACGUGCUCCUGGAGGGCCAGGACCCGCGGCGGGAGGCGCUGAGGCGGGCCGUCAGCAGCUACGUGACCGACAGGGCCCGCUGGAGAGACUGCAGCCGGCCCUGCCCCCCGGGCCAGCAGAAGAGCCCCAAGGACCCCUGCCAGUGCGUGUGCCACGGCUCAGCGGUCACCAACCAGGACUGCUGUCCACGGAGGAAGGGCCUGGCCCAGCUGGAGGUGACCAUCAUGCAAGCUUGGAAUCUGUGGGGAGACGGGAUCACUGCCACAGACGCCUACGUGAAGGUCUUCUUUGGCAGCCAGGAGCUGCGGACGGGCAUCGUGUGGAAUGACGACAACCCCAGGUGGAUGACGCGGCUGGAUUUUGGGAACGUGCUCCUGGCCACGCAGGGGCCCCUGAGGGUGCAGGUCUGGGACGCGGACUCUGGCUGGGACGAUGACCUGCUCGGCACCUGUGACCAGGCCCCAAGGUCCGGCACCCAUGAGGUGAACUGCAACCUGAACCACGGCCACCUGAGAUUCCGCUACCAUGCCAGGUGCCUGCCCCACCUGGAUGGGGAGACCUGCCUGGAGUACGCCCCCCGAGCGCUUCUGGGGGCACCUCCAGGGAACAGGAGUGGGGCAGUGUGGUGAGGACAGUCUUGGGGAUCCUGUGCACUGAGCUUGAAGGGAUUGUCACACAUGGAGCAGGGCCUGUAUUCAUAUAUUUGUAUCCCCAUUUGACAUGGAUAACUGAGGCUCAGAGGUUUUUUUUGUUUUUUUUAGUUGGGAUGGCUGAAUUUACAAUCCAGCCCUGAGUCUUCCUAUCCAAACUGUCUUAGGUCUCCAAUAUUGCUGAGCUCUGGAAAUGAGCUGGGGCUGGACCAUGUCCUGUGGUCACUGCUAUACGGGCCCUCAGCUUCGGCCAGGAGCCAGGCAGAAGGCCAGGAUGCAGUCCCACCAGCCUGCUUGGCAUUUGUCUUUUAAGAUCUGUCUAUUGCAGCCCUUUCUGGCCUGGUAAAUUCUUCAUCAUAUUUAGACCAAACCCUUCUGCCCCAGCUGCUCUGACCUCUGUCUUCUGUGCCGACUCCACUUUCCCUCACAGACAAAUCAAGGGCUGUCUUGACUUGUCUCACUAUGUCCACAGCCCCACAGAGGGUCAAUAAAUAUGACACGAUGGUGA